AUGAGAUGGGGAAAUGAGACUUUUCACUUUGAAUUUAUUCUUCUGGGAAUUUUUGAUCACAACCCCAUCCAUGCUUUCCUCUUCUCUUUAGUCUUGGGCAUCUUCACAGUGGCCUUAAUGGAAAAUACGGCAAUGGUUCUUGUCAUUUACCUGGACACCCAACUCCACACCUCUAUGUACUUCCUCCUCAGCCAACUCUCCCUCAUGGAUCUUAUGCUCAUCUGUACCACAGUACCCAAAAUGGCCUUCAACUACUUGUCUGGCAGGAAAUCUAUCUCUCUGGAAGGUUGUGGAACACAGAUAUUUUUCUACGUGUCCUUACUUGGAGCUGAAUGUUUCCUGUUGGCUGUCAUGGCCUAUGACCGUUAUGUGGCUAUAUGUCACCCUCUUCGAUACACCAUCCUCAUGAGUCAGAAACUUUGCAUGCUUUUGACUGUUGCUUCCUGGAUCUUAGGCUCUCUUGAUGAGAUUAUUGUGCUUGCAGGUGUCCUAUCUUUCUCUUACUGUGGCUCUCUGGAAAUCCAUCACUUUUUCUGUGAUGUUGCUGCCCUUCUGCCUUUAUCUUGUACAGACACUUCUGCAUUUGAACAACUGCUUUUCAUCUGCUGUGUGGUGAUGCUAAUCUUGCCAGUAUCAAUUAUCAUUAUCUCUUAUUCUUACGUCCUCCAAGCUGUCAUCCAUAUGGGCUCUGGGGAAAGUCGUCACAAGGCUUUCACCACCUGCUCCUCCCACCUGGCUGUGGUAGGACUCUACUAUGGUGCCGUCAUGUUUAUGUACAUGAGACCAGCCUCCAACCAUACACCAAACCAGGACAAGAUGGUGUCAGCCUUCUAUACCAUUCUCACCCCUGUGCUGAACCCCCUCAUCUACAGCCUCCGCAACAAAGAUGUAUCCCGUGGACUAAAGAAGUUAUUGAGGAAGGGAAAGUAA